AUCACAUGUUGCUGUGUGUGUUGUUAUUGUACAGUCAGAGAAGGGCAGAGAGCGGCACAAGAGAGCUGGGUCAGACUCGGACUGGAUGGCAGGAUGACAUGUUCAGAUAACACGACUACACAGGCGUCCCCGAAUAAAACAAACUGUCGCCGCAUGCGUGCGUCAAAGCUGUCGACGGCGCUUUGUGUAACAUUGUAGCAGUGGAGUCGCGCGCCGCGAUGAACGCGCAUCUGUGGGCUCAGCUCCAGGCGGGCAGCUCGGAGGUGGACUGGUGUGAAGGGAAUUAUCUCAUCUAUUCGGGAAUAGCGGAAUUCUAUAACACCAUAAGCAACGUGCUGUUCUUCGUCUUGCCCCCGAUCCUCAUGUGUCUGUUUCGUCAGUACGCCACGCACUUCAACAGUGGCAUCUAUCUGAUAUGGACUCUGCUGGUGGUUGUGGGGAUGGGCUCCGCUUAUUUCCAUGCGACGCUGAGCUUCCUGGGGCAGAUGCUGGAUGAGCUGGCCAUACUGUGGGUGCUCAUGUGUGCCAUUGGCAUGUGGUUUCCAAAGAGAUACCUGCCCAAGAUAUUCCGCAGAGACAGAUCGAGGUUUCAAAUGGUCAUCGGCGUCCUGUCAGGGAUCACCACCUGUCUGGCCUUCAUCAAGCCAGCGAUCAACUCCAUCUCUCUCAUGGCGCUGGGCAUCCCGUGCACCGCUCUUCUCAUCACAGAGCUAAAGAGGUGUGAUAACCUGCGUGUGUUUAAGCUGGGUCUGCUCUCGGGUCUGUGGUGGACUCUGGCGCUCAUGUGCUGGAUCAGUGAUCGCAUUUUCUGUGAGAUGUGGUCAUCUGUCAACUUCCCGUAUCUACACUGUGCCUGGCAUAUCCUCAUCUGCCUGGCGUCUUAUCUGGGAUGUGUGUGUUUUGCGUAUUUCGACGUGGCUUCGGAGGCUCCAGAGCAGGGGCCCGUCCUCAAAUUCUGGCCCAGCGAGAAAUGGGCUUUUAUCGGGGUGCCAUACGUCACUCUUCUGUGUGUGCACAGGAAGUCCUCUAUUAAGGUGACUUAAGCUGUGCUUCCUGAGGUAUCCGGCUACACUUCAGUGCACUUUGUAAUGGACUUCCACACGAAGGAGAAUCCAGGUUUGUGUGUGGAUUUGUAAGGUUAUGUUUUUGGGGAAGGAUGACGGUCAAUCAUGGUGUAUUCAUGUGAGGAUUUAAUAUCUUAACGGCACAAAAUCAGCUUUCAGUUUACUUCGGGGGGAAACAAUGUGUGAUGCGGGAUUUCAUGUUGUAACUUUACAUGGUGUUACGCUGCAGGUCAAAAGUUUGGAAUAUUUAAGGUUUUUUAAUGUUUUAGUCUCUUCUGCUCACCAAGUUUGCAUUUAUUUGAUCAGAAAUAUUGUUACAAUUUAAAAUAAUAAUGUGAAUGUAUUUUAAAAUGUAAUUUAUUCCUAUGAUGCAAAGCUAAUUUUCAGCAUCAUUGCUGCAGUCGUCAGUGUUUGCUGUUUAAUUAAAUUUUUUUGUUGUUGUUGAAACCGUGAUGCACUUCCAUGCAACAUUAAGGGUAAGUAAACAAAAAAAAAAAAAAGAUUAAAAAAAGGAAAUUGAUAGUUUUAUUCAGCAAGGAUGCAUUAAAUUGAUUAAAAAAAAUACAUUUAUAAUGUUGCAAUAGAUUUCUAUUUUCGGUGAGCAUACAAAAUUUCUUUCAAAAGCAUUAAAAAAUGGUAAUUAUUCCAAAUAAGUACUGAAAAUAAAUCAAAAUCGGGAAGUGGGCUUCAUAAACCAGAUGUCCACACCAGCAGUUGAGCCUGAAAUUAAAUAUGAGGAUAGUAAUGCUUAUUUGUGUGUUAAUAUUGUGAAAAAUGUUAACACAAAGCAUGUUAUUUCACAGUAGUACUACUAGUUAGUUGCCUUUUUUGACAACAAUGAAUACAUUUCAAAUGAAAAGGCGCACUAAGUGAUUUUUCUUUGUUUCGUUGGUUAAAUAACAAAAGGUUUGGACUUUAUACUGACAACACAGCUUUACACAAAAGGAAACAUUUCGCCAUUCACAUGCAUUUAUACAUUCAUUUACUUUCAUAUUAGGAGGAUUCUGUAGGCUGCUGAGUCUUUAUCUCAUGUGAAUGUACAUCAUUUUAAACAUAUUUGCCAAUAGGACUAAUAAUUUAUUUUGGUGUAAACAAUUGGAAAAAAAAUACUUAGUGCACCUUUAUUGUGAAUAGUUGUAGGACACACAAUCCUCUUCACCAUCUGAAUUAAUUCAGGGAAAAACACUGAGGUUAUUAACCCCAAUGCAUCUCAUCUACGGGCGUGAUACCUCUAUAUAUGAGUUAUGAUGCAGCGUAACUUCUCAACUAUGUGGCACUACUGUGAAAUGAAUGCAGUGGAUUCGACGGAUGAUUUUAAAACAAUGCACGACAAUAGUUUGGUGAACUGAAUGUAAAAGAAAGUUUUCUGAGUGUCUUCACACAGAAAUGCAUAUAUCUAUAUAUAGCCUAAUGCUUUCUCAUAGAGAAACAUCCGUUUUAUCUUUUCACUUAGUUAAACUUUACAACACUACACAAAGGCCUUUCGCAAUUUGUCAAAGAACAAAUUGCUGUUGAUCAUUGCAAAAUGGUUUAUCGAAAUACCAAAAACCUUAUGCAAUAAAAACACAAACUCAGCUGUGGUUUGUACACGAA